AAAACAUCCAUAUAUAUAUAUAGCAUAUUUCGUUUUAUUUCACAGUAGAUAAGUCAAAUGCGUACAUUUUGAGAUUAUAGAAAAUGUCGUCCGAUCCAAUCAUCCAGAAAGAAACCGAUACUGCAAUAAAAUUUGAUAACGUAGUGCAAUUUCCUGAAAUCAUCGAUGAUAAGAUAAACACGGAAGAAUUUUUACAAGCCGCUCGUGAUGUCGUGCGAACAGUCGAUAAAUUAGGCAAAUUGUUUUCUCCUGUACGAUAUGACAUGCAAGGCAAUAUCGAUAAACUUACAACCAGAUAUUCUAUGGAUAAAGAGAGCAACUCGACUCUCCAAGACAUGAUUUUGCUUGAAAGAUCUACUGAGAACAAAAAAAAUCUUAUUGCAGUUGAUGCUUUAAUGUGGUUGAGAAGGGCCUUACACAUGAUUUUACUAUUCUUCGAAAGGAUUGUAGAGGAUCAUAAGGCUGGAAAAGCAACAGAAGAUUUAGUUGCAUUUUUAAAAGAGGCGUACAAAGAAACCCUAGAACCAUAUCAUGGUUGGAUGGCACAACAAUUAUUUAAUCUCUUAUCACGUAUGGCACCUACUCGUUCGCAACUCUUAUUGGCUUUAGCAGAUGGACAAUUGGGUAAAGAAGAAAUUACUUUACACAAUAUGGAGUUAUCCUUAAUAAAUUUAAAGAAAAAUGUAUUAGCUUUAAAGAGGUUUUAUAAUGACCAGAAUUUAGAAGUGACUAGAGUAGCAACACUAUAGGUUUAGCAUUAUCAUAACAUUUAAUGUUAUCUCUUUAUCCCAUUGAAAAGUUUAGAAAAAAAUUAGCAAAUUAAAAAAAUUAAAACGAAGCUAAGAGAAAAAUUUCACGUGUAAGAUCUAUUAUGCAUGACAUUAUAAAUUCACACAAAAUGUAUUAAUAUAUUACUUAAAUAUCUACAAGUUGUAUCAAAAUACAAAAAUGGUUUGACUCAAAUCUAACAUUUAAAUAUCACAUUGCAUUAAAUAUUAUGAUAUUAAUGUAGCAAUAUUAUAACAUAGUGAAAUCUCAGGAGCAAUAAAGUCAAUACACAUUAA